UAUUAAUAGUACAUACUGAAGUAGGAUGUACUAGUACUGUAGCAUCACACCACCUACUUAAUGUACGUGACUAAACAACGGAGCCAGAUGAACCAUCCCUUCCCAAAUCAUCUGAAGUGUCUGCUACGUACUGGUACGUCGUUGGGUGUGGCGGAUCAGCACGAUGCCCGAGGAGUGAGUUGGGUAAGGAAACGACCAGAAGCGGGGCAGCAUGAUUUGCAGCACCCAUCAACUUGUUGUUGCCCCAAGCAUGGUUCAGACCAUGCCAGCAACCACAUAGUCUCUCACGACAGUCAUGUCCACAUACACGAUAGGUACACCUCGAUUGGAGCCAAACGUUGCCUAGUGGGUUCGUACGGGAUAUACAGUCGGUGUCGAGCCAGUCGAAGUGGCAGGACGAUGUUCAGAGAGAUCUUGUCCGAUGGGUAGCUAGUGGCAUGGCUAGAAUACGACGGAGCUCGUCUUCGCGGAGACAGCAGGGGUGCGACGACGACGGCAGCAAUGAUGCGGACCUUCAAGCCGUUGGAUACUCAUACCCAGCAUUACGUCAGUUGUCC